UGGCGGCCUUGUGUAUUGACGAAAAAUAUCAAUUGUAUGGCGAAUGAAUGUGUUUACUCGAUCGAAGGAAGAUAAUGGCUACAGGGUGAGAAGGACAGUCUUUCAAGAUGUCGAUGAAUUACGUGGGUAGCAUCUCCAUCUUGGAUCGUGGAGAUGCUCCCGCCCGCGCCAUCAUUGACAAAAACAAACGUUCCCUGGCCCAGCGCAUCGCCGACGAGACCAAAGAUGAACUGGAGAAGGUCAUGCACAGGGUGGAGGAUAUUUAUGAGUCCUAUGAACAGAGUACCCAGGAUAUGUUUUUGACACAUGGUGCUAAUGUGGAAUACAUAGAAGAUAUAAAAGAAUUGGAGGAGAUUCUGAAUGAUCAGCUUAAAAAGAAAAAGUAUGAACAAAAGGUGACAGUUUUCAUCGUUGGAUUUGAGAAUAUGUCCAAUCAAAGACUUCGUCUUAUUCAGCAAGUCAAUGAGGUAUGUUCAAUCAGAGACUGUGUCUUAUACAGCAAGUCAGUGAGGUAUGUCCAAUCAGUGACUGUGUCUUAUAUAGCAAGUCAAUGA